AUGCUUCUUGUCAAGGUCAUCGUCCUCUUGGUUGUUCAUUUCGCGAAUACCUUCGUGAUUUCCGCCGCGACUGGGGGCGACAGACUCGUCGUCGACACAGGAUACGCUAAAUAUCUUGGUAAUCUUUCCUAUCCCGACACAGUUGCUCAUCUUGGUAUUCCAUAUGCGGAGCCUCCCCUAGGUGACCGACGUUUCCGUGCGCCUGUGCCUUUGGACACAGGGCGCAUCAUGACAGAGGCACGCGGACAGGUGAUCAAUGCGACGUUUUAUCCGGAAUUUUGCAUUCAAGGCACUACGGGAUUGGGUGACGCCGGUGGCGCAGGGAGUGAGGAUUGCCUAAAGGUUAAUAUCUAUUCUCCGACUAGUGGCAGUAACUUGCCUGUCUUGGUAUAUAUUCACGGUGGGGGUUACAUCUAUGGGAACCCUGCCAAUUGGCCUUUUGACCAUUGGGUACAUCAAAGCCCCAACGUCGUGAUCGUCUCCAUCUAUUACCGCCUCGACUCGUUCGGCUUUCUUGCUCAUCCAGACUUUGCCAGUUCCUCCGAGUAUGGUGACCUGAACGCUGGUUUUCUCGACCAGAUCCAGGCACUCAGGUGGGUGAAGCAACAUAUAUCUGCAUUCGGUGGGGACCCUACGCGUGUAACUAUCAAUGGCCAGAGCGCUGGUGGAUCGUCUGUAGAGCUGCAUCUCGUCGCUCAUGAAGGAGAACAGUUAUUCUCUGGUGCUAUAGCCCAGAGUGUAUACCGAGCCGCACUCCCUUCUCCAGAACAACAAAGUCCCUUGUUUGACUUCUACGCCGAAAAAGCUGGUUGUGAUUCUGGUGACCUCGCUUCUCAAAUGGAUUGUCUAAGGAAUGCUAGUAUCGGUGAUCUUGCUCGCGCCCAAGAUGCUUCUUUCUCCGGGCCAUACUACUCUUUCCAUCCCGUCAUUGAUGGAAAAGUUUUGACCGAGCAUCCGACGACAGCCAUGCUUUCAGGACGCUUUGCUCGCGUCCCUCUCAUUGUUGGCUCAACCUCGAACGAAACGUCGUAUACGAGUCUAGAUAUUGGCCAGACGCUAAAAACUUUCUAUCCUGGAUUGAACGACACGGACGUGGAUGAGUACCUCGCGGUCUACCCUUCCUCGGACUUCGAUUCGGAACUUCAGAGACUGUCUGUGCUGGGUGGAGAGACGGUGUUCAUAUGCGCACGUCCCAUUUUAGCAACCGCGUCCUCUAUCGCUGGACUGACCGCCUGGGCUUACCGCUACAAUCAGCCAAAUCCAACCAGUUCGGAUCCAACUAUUGUUGCACAUGCUGCAGAGAACUGGAUGAUGUUUCUUGGUACCAACACUGGAUUUAAUGGGACAACAACCUUUUCUCCGAUGACAGCCGAAGAAACAGCAUUUGCAGAAGAACUUAUUGCGUAUUGGGUAUCCUUUGUGCGCGCCAAGAACCCUAAUACCUUCAAGCUUACACGUUCCCCGAUCUGGUCUGGGUUCGCUCCCGACAGCAAAGAUCAAAUUGUGCUGCAACAGAACACUACGACGACGAGUGGCAGCUUUGUUGAAGUGGAACCACAGGAGGACGGAGAUCGGUGCAGAUUUGUGGCUAGCAAAGCGGAGAAAGAACAGAAUUGA